CACCGCUGUCUGAAAAGUUGCCCAAUUUCCCAGCGGGUCAGCGGCCCAACCCAACACACGAUUGUCAAGUAUAUCGAAAUCGAUGAAGGCGACCGAUUUAGCUAGGUUUUUCAGUUGCUGAAUAUUAUGCCAUAAAAUUGAAACAAUGCCGUGGUCUGGGUUGACGACGAAGGCGGUAGGGCGGUGUUUGGCAACCCGUCGAGAUGUAUCUCGACGAUUUAUAAGACGCGGAUAUUCCAAAACUAGUGCGGGAUUGGGGAAUUUGUUUCAGAUUCGAGGAUUCAACAGCUUUGCUGGCUUUAAUCCAUAUUCUCCAGCUAAUAAUCGGACGAUUUCCGGUUCGUAUCAACACAGCAAUGCGUGUUUAGGAUUUAGGAGCUUGUGCAAUUGUGGUCAUUGCAAUGGCGCCAGUCUUUCGCAAAGGAGAGGAUUUUUGGGGUGUGGUGAUGGUGAAGAAGGGAGUAUGUUAUCCAAAGUCUACGAAGAACGCCGCGUUUUAGGAUACUCUCCAGAGCAGUUAUUUGCUGUUGUUGCUGCUGUUGACUUGUAUGAAGAUUUCCUUCCAUGGUGUCAACGAUCAGAAAUAGUUCGGCGCAAUCCAGAUGGAUCUUUUGAUGCAGACCUAGAAAUUGGUUUUAAGUUUCUUGUUGAAAGUUAUAUGUCCCAUGUUGAGUUGACCAAGCCAAGAUAUAUAAAGACUACUGCAUCUCAAAGUGCUCUUUUCGAUCAUCUGAUAAACAUCUGGCAAUUCAAUCCCGGGCCUGUUCCAGGAACUUGUAACCUUUAUUUCUGGGUUGAUUUUAAGUUUCAAUCUCCAUUUUAUCGACAGAUGGCAAACAUGUUCUUUAAGGAGGUGGUGUCUCGACUAGUUGGUUCCUUUAAUGACCGUUGCCGUUUGAUAUAUGGACCUGGGGUCCAAGUUCUUGAAAAUUCUUAUGAACAGAGGGCCUGAGAGUGUCCAUUUACUCCAAACUCAGCCCAAAAUGAUGAUGCUCUCUGCGUUUUAAGCAUAUGACAACCUGUGCCUUUUCUUUGGUCUGGCGGGUAAAAUUCGAAGGAUGGGAAAGGUGUUAAUUGGACCUGGUACUUUUGCCCCUUGUUCAAUUAAACUAGCCAACUUGCUCAUAUGACAUCGGGGUAUAGGGUAAUUAUCUGAACUGUGCCAUUUGUUAUGGACAUGCAUCAGAUUAAUUCUUGAACGUAGUUGUAUCUGGUUGAUCUUAACUUAGUUGUCAUUGCUUCAGCUAGAGGAUUUCUCGUCCGCUUUCUGUUAUUAGUCUCUUUGUUGUGCAGCCAAGCAAAAGGAGACGAGAGAAUUCUGGCCCUUUCUUUUUUUUUUUUUUUUGAACUUUUGUGCCAUCAGUUUGUACUUACCAUUGAAUUGUAGGUUUCCAAUCAGAAACGAGUUCAUUCUCCUUUUUACCUCG